AUUUCACAGUCGGUUCUAAUUAGUAUGGAAGCCCGUCAGUCCAAACAUGAUACCUUCGCUUGUCCCCGCUACUGCUGCUAAUCUUAAAGGAGACGCAUCCCAAACAGGCUCAGUCUCUUCCAAAGAUGCAUGAGGUUCGCUAUAGCUUUAAGAAGUAAAUAAUGCUGAAUGUUUGUAAAAUUAUGUUCAUCAUACGACGUAACCGUUUUAUUAAUAAGCUAGAUAAUGAAAUUCUUGCGUACUAAGUGAAAACUUAGUCUUGACCCAGCUAGCAAAACUUGGUCCCAGUAGGGCCUUCUGCGUUACGCUGGUCUUGAAUAUCCCACGUAAUGGUCAUAACUAACUGGUUAUAAAAGUGUGGAAGGGUCAUAAUAGUUAACGUAAAUAAGAGCAGCAUGACUUCAGAGGAAGACGAGAUUUCAGGUAGUCGUCCUAGGACUGAGACAACCGGAGCCGCAACGGAGGCCGCAAAACCGUCCACGGACUCGACUGAUCCGUCCAGCCGGAGAAGAGGAAGUACACGGCGCAUAACAAGAGCAGUGGUCUCCGGUGAGUCUCGGGCUCGUACCGAGUGUCCGGUGCGUGUUUUGCGUGCCAGAGGAGCCGGCGCUGGCAGGAUUAGCGAGUCCAAAAAUGAUACUUGCAAGAUAAAACCUCCAAGUCUGCACCGUGGGCGUGGGAGACCUGUCGGAUCACGCUGCAAAGACACACCUGGCGUGCAAGCUGCAAUAAAGAAGUCAACAGCCAAAAAAGCGUCCAAACACACUCUUGGACCAAAGCUGUCCAAAUGUAGAAAGGUCAAAGGAAAGUCUCCAGCCCAGGCCUCUCGCACCACAUCAGCGGCUGCAUGCAAGACUGAAGUAGAGAUGGAUGCUUCUUUGUGUGGAGAGGAAACAGGUGCUUCCAAAGGCAGCAAACACAACGUUGCAGAUCCAGACGCGGCUCUCUGCGAGGACCCUUCAGUCGGAGAUGACCCAAACGACCUCAUCUGUAAAUCUGAGAUGAAGAUGGGAAAAUCAAGGUGGCAUGUAACACUACAACAAAAGGAAGUUAAGAAAGAGGAUUCAGAAAAGGAGGAAGAAGAAAAUGACACUAAAAUCAGACAGUCGGCCAAGGUUGCUAUGCAAAGUGGAACGGACGAUAACACAGAGUCACCCAGAAAGAGAGGUAGGCAACACAAAGACGAUAAGGGACCUCGGCUGCCAAAACGAAGGAAAAAGCCCCCAGUGCAAUAUGUCCGCUGUGAAAUGGAGGGCUGUGGUACUGUCUUAGCCCACCCACGUUACCUACAGCACCAUAUAAAAUACCAGCACUUGCUAAAAAAGAAGUAUGUGUGUGAUCAUCCAUCGUGUGGGCGCUUGUUUCGCCUGCAGAAGCAGCUGCUGCGCCAUGCAAAACACCACACAGAUCAAAGGGACUACAUCUGUGAGUAUUGUGCUCGAGCCUUCAAGAGCUCCCAUAAUCUGGCUGUGCACAGGAUGAUCCACACAGGAGAGAAGCCCAUACAGUGUGAGAUUUGUGGCUUCACCUGCCGUCAAAAGGCCUCCUUAAACUGGCACAUGAAGAAGCACGAUGCAGAAGCCUCCUACCAGUUCUCUUGCUCUAUUUGUGGCAAAAAGUUUGAGAAAAAGGACUCAGUGGUUGCCCACAAGGCCAAGAGCCACCCCGAGGUGCUCAUAGCUGAAGCCCUGGCAGCGAAUGGGGGCUCAGUAAAAAGCUGUCCCACCCCAAUCCCAGAGACUGUCCCAGUGCUCACCCAGCUUGACCAGCCCUCUGUCAGCCAGGAGAUCCAGGAAGUGGUGAGUGGUACUCUCACUCCACUGCAGCAGGUGGUGCUCCCGCUCGCUCCAGAGACGCAGAUUGAUGUAACUCAAAGCCAGUUCCUCCAGUUGCCAACACAUCAUGUGGUGCAGGUGGCACAGCAGCAGCAAGCCCCGACCCUGCUGCACCUCACCACUGCUUCUCCUGCUCAACUUUCCAACAACAGCCUCCCCCAACUCACCCAGCUCCCUUCCAUUCCUGCUUGCACUGUCACAUCCAUGUCCACUGCCAACCCCCAGAGCACCCUCUUCACUCUGAGCACCGUCACCCCACUGGCCUCCGCAGCCUCCCUGGCUUCCCCGCAGGCAGUGCAGUGGGGCAAGGAGACUCAUCAGGAUGCACAGCUGCCUGGGGAGGGCACUCUGUGGGACAGGGUGGUGGUGGGUGAAGGUCAUCAGAAUGUAAGGGAGAUGAUGUGGGAGGGUAACGGGGAGAGGAGGAAAGAAGAUGAGGGGAUAGUUUGGGAGAGGGAUGGAGAGAGACAGGUUCUGUUACAGUGUGCUGAGGCUCAUGGGGACAGUUUAAUGUAGACUGAUGGCCUGAAAAUGGGCUGCAUGGGAACUUUAUGAACAUUAAGCUGAAGGAGACAUAAAUCAGAAGAAAGUUUUGAUUUAAUAAAGGAAUAAAAGGCUGAAUGACCUGACAAAAGUUGAUAAAGUAACAUAAAUAUAUGAAAUGACAGACUUCAUGGGGGUAACGCAGUAGUUGUAUAUUUUACAUCAGGGAGUGUGAUUUAUAAUAAUACAGAUUACAUAAACUUCUGUUAGUACUUAAUUUUGUAACUAUUUGUUUUUGUCGCUGUUUUAUUUGUUUAAAUAUAUUUAUGUUUUUAAUUGUUAUAGAGAUUUAAAAGACUGAAAGAUUGUAUAUAUUGUACAAGAAAGUCAAAAAUGACAUUUAUGUCGCCACAGUAUCCCUGCUGUUUUUGUUGCAUCUUUUUGCAAGGUUAAUGGAUACGUUUGACUGACAUAAUUGGGUUAACUUUCCUAGUUUCAGUUAUGUAAAAGUUGCAACGUGAGCAGCAGCUACAACCAGAUGAGUUUUCUUUGUGUAAAAAGGAUAUUUAGACACUACUAAUGUCUAUGAUUUCUUUUUUGUCAGAUCAACAUUCUUUUACUUCCAAUAGACAUUUUGACAAAGACAAACUACAGACAAAAUCUUCAGAGUAGUUUUUGAAGUCAUUUGGGAAACGUGACAUCUUUUGUUUACAAAAUGAGACAGGCAGACAUUUUGACUUGUAGAAGCAUUAAAAGCAUGAGUGUCAUUAAUAACAUUAAUGAUGGUGUCCCAGGAAGUUAUUUCCAUGUGACAGUGGGUCUGCAUGCACAAAACCAGGACCCUUAUUACCUAAUAUUAUAUGUCAAAGUAUAAUUUUCCAAAUGACAUUUGUUUGUAUUUACUUUCCAGAAUGUCAGUGGUUUCACUUUCCUUGCAAAUUGUGCUCUGUUCUGUCUGAUUUAAAUUACAGAUUUUUGCUUUAAUAUUUUUACACCAUCGAGACAAUGCAGGAAGCAGUAUUAUGAUGGAAUAGUUUUGUAAGCAGUUUUUUUUUUUCAAAGCAAUCUUAGAUGAUAAAAUAUACCUCUGUACACUGCCACUACUACUGAGCACUAGUGAGCUUACACUUAAUUUAUCAGAAGAUGUAUUUAGAACUACAAUAAACAAAUUAUGUUCUGAA